GGAGAAAGCUAUCGCCACGGCAACAGCAGCAGAGUUUAGCGGGCGGAAAUCUGCAGCUAGCAUAACACCAACACAAGAUUAAUUCAAUAAAGACGCAUCUUUUACACUAAAUACCUCUUUAAUUUGUUGCUAUGAACGAAUCGGUGGUCAAAAAGACCCAGGAGAGUUUGGGGAAAGUGAUUAAAAAGCCUCCACUGACAGAAAAACUGCUCAGCAAACCGCCGUUCCGAUACCUGCACGAUAUAUUCAGUGAGGUAAUUCGUACCACAGGCUUUAUGAAAGGACUUUAUGGAGAGGCAGAGAUGAAGUCAGAUAAUGUGAAGGAUAAAGACUCAAAAAUAGCAUUUCUUCAGAAGGCCAUCGACGUAGUGAUGCUGGUAAGCGGAGAGCCCUUGUCUGCUAAACCAGCUCGGAUCGUUGCCGGAUAUGAACCAGAGAAGACCAACGAGCUGCUGCAGGCCAUUGCCAAGUGCUGCCUCAACAAGCUCUCCAGUGACGAGGCUGUUAGGCGGGUGUUAUCAGGAGAAAAAUUGGACCUGAAGGGGAAGCCCAGCACCUCCAGAUCCCAGGACAAAGAGAAUAGAGAGGGCAGGGAGCGCCACAGAGACAGAGAGGAGAGGAAGGGCAUCAAGGAGAGCAGUGGGAGCCGAGAGCAGAAAGAUCCAGAUCAAUCCAAAGAUCAGGAGAGCAAAGACAAGGACAGACGACGAGAUGCCGAGAGGACUGACAAGGGACUAGAAAGAGACGGGACAAAAGACAGAGACAAGGACAAGAGCCGUGACCGGGAGAAAGACAAGACCCGAGAGAAGGACCGUGAGCGAGAGAAAGAGAAGGAGCGCAACAGGGAUAAGGAGAGAGAUAAAGAGAGGGAGAAGAAAAGAGAACGAGAACCUCAUAAAGACAGAGAGCGAGAACGAGACAAGGAGAGAGACCGCGAGCGAGAGAAACGAAGGGAGAGAGAAAAAGAGAAAGAACGACACAAAGAGACGGAGGAGAAACUGAAGGACAGAGCCUAUAGAAAGAUCAGGGCUGCUGAGGAGACCAGCAAGCCGAAGCCUCACCCAGAAGAUGCGAGUAAAACCCACGAAGCUCAAGCAGAAGAGGCUGAGGGCGGUGAACUGGAGCCCACAGAUCUCUCUGAUAUUCAGGCUGAGAGUCCUUCCCGGAUCCCAAGGCCCUCUUCAGCUAAAGGACAGCGACGGUGGCCCAAAACAGGGGUUCAAGAUGAGUCUAACAGUGAAGGAGAAGGGGACGCUCCUUCAGCAGAGAAACCAGUUCCCAUUGAAAAUGGCGACGCAACAGAUGCUGUGCCAUCUCAUACGACACACAGAAGAUUAGCACGACCCAGCAGCGCUCGUCCAGCGGCCCCACGUGUGAAGAGGCAGGAGAGCUAUGCUGACGUGACCCCAGCAGAGAGGCUGGGCAGUGGUAAGCCCUCUGCAGCGGUCAUUAUGGAUGGUAAGAAGCUCUCUGAAGAUGAAGAUGAUGAAGAUGGGCAGUUUGUAGUGGAGGAUGUAGCUCCGCCUCCCGCUGACAUACAUGAAAUUGAGCAUAAUUCACUUGAACUGCAAGGGGACGAUAAACACGGUGGACUUGUGAAAAAAAUCCUGGAGACAAAGAAAGACUACGAAUCAUCUCCAUCUCCAAAGUCAAAAGAUCAGGAUCGGAUGCUGGUGUCAGAGGCAUCUCGUAAGAAGGAACGCGAACUGGUGGCGAAGGAGAUCGAACGUCUGCGUUCAUCUAUACAGACUGUUUGCCGCAGCGCUCUGCCCCUGGGCAAGAUCAUGGACUACAUUCAGGAGGACAUGGACUCGAUGCAGAAUGAACUACAGACCUGGCGUAAAGAGAACAAAGAGAACGCACAGGCUCUGCAACAGGAACAAAGAAUCACUGACAGUGUUGUGGAACCUCUGAAGACCGAGCUUGCUGAACUUGAGCAGUUAAUCAAAGACCAGCAGGACAAGAUCUGCACGGUCAAGUCCAACAUCUUGAAGAAUGAGGAGAAGAUCCAGAAGAUGGUGUCCAGCAUCAGCUUCUCCUCACCAACGUGAACAUAUCAAUACACUCCAAAUAAAAACCGAAGCACUGAGCAGUGGGUGACGUUAGGCCAGAUGUCUUGUUUGCACUGUUACUGGGCACUGGAGAAAGUUCAGGUGCAGAUAGAUUCAGGAGUCACCCUCCUCAACCCCCCCACCCCUCCAUGUAAGGUGCCUUCUGUAAGACCAAGAAUCUGGUUUUGGUGGUUCACUGGGAUUCUCAACCUUUUCUCUGAGGGACAAACACAUCUGCAGUAGAUUUGCACUCUUCAAUUUCUCAAGAGAUAAAUGUUCGUGGUCACCAUAAUGAUGUGUCCUGUGUUUUGUAAUGGGGCUCUCAAUUUAUCUCCAUGUUCUUUUAGGAAAACCAUAUAUAUUUUUAACCAGAUUGAUAGGCGUUGUUGUCUGGCAAUAUUCAGUUGAAAUCAGAAGUUUACAAACACUUAGGUUGAAGUCAUUAAAACAAAUUUUUUAACCACUUCACAGAUUUCAUAUUAGCAAACUAUAGUUUUGGCAAAUCGUUUAGGAGAUCUACUUUGUGCAUAACACGAGUAAUUUUUCCAACAAUUGUUUACAGACAGAUUGUUUCACUUUUAAUUGACUAUAUCACAAUUCCAGUGGGUCAGAAGUUUACACUAAGUUAACUGUGCCUUUAAGCAGCUUGGAAAAUUUCAGAAAAUGAUGUCACACCUUUAGGCAAUUAGCUAAAUAGCUUCUGAUAGGCUAACUGGAGUCAGUUGGAGGUGUACAUGUGGAUGUAUUUUAAGGCCUACCUUCAAACUCAGUGCCUCUUUGCUUGACAUCAUGGGAAAAUCAAAAGAAAUCAGCCAAGACUUCAGAAAAAAAAUUGUGGACCUCCACAAGUCUGGUUCAUCCUUGGGAGCAAUUUCCAAAUGCCUGAAGGUACCACAUACCACACACAACACCAUGGGACCACGCAGCCUUCAUACUGCUCAGGAAGGAGGCGCAUUCUGUCUCCUAGAGAUGAACGUAGUUUGAUGCGAAAAGUGCAAAUCAAUCCCAGAACAACAGCAAAGGACCUUGUGAAGAUGCUGAAGGAAACAGGUUGGCAAGUAUCUAUAUCCACAGUAAAACGACAUAACUUGAAAGGCUGCUCAGCAAGGAAAAAGCCACUGCUCUAAAACUGGCAUAAAAAAGCCAGACUACAGUUUGCAAGUGCACAUGGGGACAAAGAUCUUACUUUUUGGAGAAAUGUCCUCUGGCCUGAUGAAGCAAAAAUUGAACUGUUUGGCCAUAAUGACCAUCGUUAUGUUUGGAGGAAAAAUGGUGAGGCUUGCAAGCCAAAGAACACCAUCCCAACCAUGAAGCAUGGGGGCGGCAGCAACAUUUUGUGGGGGUACUUUGGUGCACGUCACAAAAUAGAUGCCAUCAUGAGGAAGGAAAAUGAUGUGGAUAUGUUGAAGCAGCAUCUCAAGACAUCAGACAGGAAGUUAAAGCUUGGUCGCAAAUGGAUCUUCCAAAUGGACAGUGACCACAAGCAUACUUACAAAGUUGUGGCAAAAUGGCUAAAGGACAACAAAGUCAAGGUAUUGGAGUGGCCAUCACAAAGCCCUGACCUCAAUCAAAUUGAAAAUUUGUGGGCAGAACUGAAUAAGUGUGUGCGAGCAAGGAGGCCUACAAACCUGACUCAGUUACACCAGCUCUCUCUGGAGGAAUGGACCAAAAUUCCAGCAACUUAUUGUGAGAAGCUUGUGGAAGGCUACCCAAAAUGUUUUGACCCAAGUUAAACAAUUUAAAGGCAAUGCUACCAAAUAAUAACAAAGUGUCUGUAAACUUCUGACCCACUGGGAAUGUGAUGAAAGAAAUAAAAGCUGAAAUAAAUCA